CAUUACAUACUAUGGAGUACGAUACGAGGUAUCGUACCUCGUACGUGUUUCAACCGAGGAGGAAAAUACGAAAAACAUCGUCAUCGUCCGUUUCGAUCGUGAGUCCCGUGGAAUUCAUUCGUAUGAUUCAUGUCUGACCGCAUGUGCGUAUCGCCGCAACGGGAACCCCCAUUUUCUCACGCCAAUGAAAACAGAAAAAACGUCGAACUACGGUAUGGGGCAAACGACUUCAAUCAUCUGGCCCGGUCUCGUCUCGAAAUUCUUUCGAUUCUGUCUGCCCCCGAUGCGAUUCUCAAACCAUCCUUUGCUCCUUCCCCUGGCAUCCUAAGCGACACAACACGGCUUUCAAUACGCAACCACACCGACUCACAAACGGAAACGAACAUGGGCGGAGACGAUCUUGGCAGCGAUGACGAAUACCUCGUUGCUCCCUCGAGAGGCGUAGAAGACUAUGGCGACGAUUCGUCCGUCGAGGGCAGCAGCGACGGCGGUGGACGGCGGCAGCAACAGCAGCAGCAACAGCAGAAACGAGGACGGGGAGAAGCAGCGAGCAGCGGCAACAAGGAACAGGGGCAGCCGGCACGGAACGCCAAAAAGCAAAAGCGCGGGGGGCCCAUGGAGGCCCUGGGCGUCGACAUCCGAAUGGAAUCGCCCGAGUCCAAGGCGGAGAUCCUCUCGCGGUUUUCCGGAGCGGGCUUCCUGCCCUCCCACGUGGCCCGGCUGAGCAGCAAGAACAGCUACGACGUGGGGGCCAACGUCCACAGCAAAAACUUCAUGGACCGCCUCCUGUGCGUCGUUUCCAAGAAGCAGCUCAAGAACCACACCCAGCAGAAGAGCCCGAGGGCGAUCGUCUUUUGCCUCUCGGCGCGGCGGAGCGUGGCCGUCCUCAAGGACCUGGCCCCGAUGAAGCUCCGGGUGGCCAAGCUCUUCCCCAAGCAGGGGACCAUUGGCGAGCAGGCCAGGCAAAUGGAAACGACCGAGUUCGCGCUGGCGGUCGGGACCCCCCACCGCAUCAAGGAACUCAUCGACAGGGGCUCCCUCACCCUCAAAAACACCAAGCUGCUGGGGCUGGACACCUUUCUGAACCCGAAGCACCAAUCGGUGUACACGCUGCACGAUACCGCCCCGUACCUCAAAUCGAUACUGAAGGAGCACGCGGAACCGAUCUGCAAGGACGGCAAGAGGGAUCUGAAGAUUGGAUUCGUGUAAUCCAAUGGUGGCGUGGUUUGCCUCGCCGCCGCAAAAAAUGAUAAAGACGCUUGUGCUAC